AUGUCCUACACCAGAGACAACAAUACAGAGGCCGAGCCUUUUCCCUCCGUCGACCAAGGCUCGCCGAUAGAACUCACGCAAUCUCCCAAUUCUGAUGGAUCAAAGGUUGCAGUCGCGAACCGCCCGGCUGCGUCGUCUUCCCUCAGCGGACGUCUGCGCCGUGUAUCCCAAAGCUUUGAACAAUCCGAGCUUCCUGAAGGCUUCUUUGCUGCAACCGGUGGUAUAGCUUCGUCAAUUCUCUCACGGCAGACUGGCCCUCGAGUUACCUCUGGUACGCUUAGUUCCGCUCGAACGCAAACAGCCCCUUUGGGUGAAGAUGCUACGCAACCUACCCCGAUUCAACCCGUACCCGAAGAAAUCCGCACAGAAAGCAACCAUGAUGGCAGCUCGGGUACCCAGACAAUAGCCAAGUGCGCAGGUGAACCGGCCUCGGCAGCCCCAUUCCCAAACGGUUAUCAUUUUCCUCCAAAACACUCAUUUGGCGAAUCGACAAAGCUUGGCCUUCUUGCGUUCUGGAGCUACAUUCUCACACCUGUGGGUUUUGCGGUCACCAUUUACGGAUUGAACGUGGUUGCCUGGGGUGGAAUGCUGUUUCUGCUACUUUGCAAUGCCUCGCCUGCGAUGUGCCACCCUACCUGCAAUGACAUCAACUCACCACGACGCAUCUGGAUCGAAAUCGACUCACAAAUUCUCAAUGCGCUGUUCUGCGUCACCGGGUUUGGACUUGCUCCCUGGCGGUUCAGAGAUUUAUACUUUCUGCUACAGUACCGGCUGGCCAAAAAGCACGAAGCCCUCCGGCGACUGGCGGGUAUUCAUCGUGGCUGGUUUCGACUGGCAGGCUCGAGAGAACUGCCACCCUCUGUUGGCCCACGCAACGUUAAUGGGAACGAGCUUCAGCCAACCUCACGCUCUGCGAUCCCAUUUCCCGAGACGAAGAUUCCCGAGGCUCCCCUUACAGGAGUGCGAGCCAGACCAACCCAAGUUUGGAAACUGGAUCUAGUUAUCUGGUUGAUGGUAGCAAAUACAUUCUUACAGUGCGUUUUGUCAGGAUUCAUGUGGGGUAUGAACCGUUAUAAUCGCCCGAGUUGGGCCACAGGCCUCUUUGUUGCCCUGGGAUGCUCAGUGGCUGGUGUUGGAGGGUUCAUCAUGUUUCUAGAAGGAAAGGCUGUUAAAGGUAUAGAAGGCGUCCCGGUCAGCCAGAAAGAUAUGGAACGGCUGGAGCAAGACAGGGAGCAAGGUAUCUGGCACUUCAAUAACAUCCAGGAUAAGAACCUCGAUGUCAAGGGGAAACAAGGGAAGCAAUGA